CGGGGGUUCGCGUUUUGCGCUAGAAAAAUCGAACGCGAUGAAACAUCAAUAAAAAUCAUCGGGGAAAAACAGCACCGAAAAUUUGGUGGCAGUGAUUACAGUGCCAAUAAAUGGAUAUUUAUCAUCACUUCCAAGGUUUCUCGGGUGGGCGGGACUACGUCGAGAGGCGGUUGCUGCCGCCCCCAGCGAGCUAGUUACAGCAUUGUGUGAGCAAAGUAUGAAGCUUAGCGUUUCGGCAUAUAGAGCCCACGCUUCCGCCCAUAAGAAGAUAUUGGACACUGCUUAUCAGCUAAAUUAUGGGUCAACAUCGGCUUCGUCACAUCAACAUGCGCCUCCAUUGGGGUUACCCACAAGUUCGGCUUUUCAGAUUGACCCACCACCAAGCGGGGGUCAGAAUGUUCGUAAUUCCAACAAUAGACUGAUGGCGGACGAUGGGAGUUCCGAUGACGCCAAUACACCCUUACAGUCACCUCGUUCACAAAACACCAGCAGGGAGGAAGACGACAGUUCCAACGCCAACGAAUCAGAAUGCAAAAGUCCAAGCCAGAGAAGCAAGAAAGACAAAGACGACGACCAGCAUCACAAAGAAGGGGGCAAAGCGGCAUCGCAGAGCUGGAAGAACCUCAAAGCCGUUAUGGCGUACUACCACUCGCUGCGCAAAAUCAAGAGGACGAAAUCCAACCAACGAUGGAUGAAAUUGAGGACGACGGUACAAAUUUCAUCUGCAAUGCAGAAGAAACCGCCUUUGAAGCGUGAAGACUCCUUUUUGAAACGCUUCUCGUCGCGUCAAAUCCCCGAAGCGCAGGAAACCGUCGAAGACACCGGCAGUGAAGGCCCCGGUGGCGACCCCCACUCAGCACCUCGCCGAAGACGACGUCCACGCAAACAACCACGCUCCGUCGUCAAUCCCGACGAAAACUUCUACUUCUAUUGGCUGUUGGUGCUGACCGUUUGUGUGCUUUACAACAUGUGGACUCUAAUCGUUCGCCAAAGUUUCCCCGAGCUCCAGACGAUGGUCUCGAACUUUUGGUUGAGCUGUGAUUCUCUAAGCGAUCUGGUGUUUAUUCUGGAUCUGAUAGUGCAAUUGAGGACCGGCUACUUGGAGCAAGGCCUCAUGGUGUACGACUCCAAGAAGUUGGCAUGCCACUAUUUGCGCUCACGUGCCUUUCUCCUAGACCUGGCUGCUCUUUGUCCUCUUGAUCUGCUUCAAAUUAGACUUGGAGCACAACCGCUGCUCAGGUGUCCGAGAUUUCUCAAAGUCUAUCGUGCCGUUAAUUAUUAUUAUAUGGUCGAGUCGAGGACGGUGUGGCCGAAUCUAUGGCGGGUUGUCAACUUGAUACAUAUACUUCUUAUUUUAGCGCAUUGGUUUGGGUGUUUUUAUUUUCUACUCUCCGAAGCCGAAGGCUUUCAGGGUGAUUGGGUGUAUCCAUACCGUCCUGGCGAUUACGCUACUUUGACCCGAAAAUAUUUAGGUUCUUUGUAUUGGUCAACUUUGACGUUGACCACCAUCGGUGACCUGCCAACUCCCGAAACCAAUGCCGAGAAGACGGACUCGGUGGAUGGCCCCCGGUCCCUGCCGCGCAGAGGUGUCAAGUCCCGCCUGUUGCAGUUCAACACAAACAAUGGAUACGUUUUCACGAUAGUCAGUUAUCUCAUCGGGGUGUUCAUUUUCGCCACUAUUGUAGGGCAAGUUGGUAAUGUGAUAACGAACCGGAAUGCGAACCGGCUGGAGUUCGAACGGCUUCUAGACGGAGCAAAGACCUACAUGAGACACCAUAAGGUCCCCGGUGGAAUGAAACGUCGCGUAUUGCGAUGGUACGACUAUUCGUGGUCUAGGGGGCGCAUCCAAGGCGGCGGCGACAUCAACACAGCCUUAGGCCUCCUCCCCGACAAGCUCAAAACCGAACUCGCCCUCCACGUCAAUCUGAGCGUUUUAAAAAAGGUCACGAUCUUCCAAGAGUGCCAACCCGAGUUCCUCCGCGAUCUCGUACUCAAAAUGAAAGCCUACAUUUUCACCCCCGGCGAUUCGAUAUGUCGCAAGGGCGAAGUCGCCCGCGAAAUGUUCAUCAUCGCUGACGGAAUCCUCGAAGUGAUCAGCGAAAAUGGUAAAGUUUUAACGACAAUGAAAGCGGGCGAUUUCUUCGGCGAAAUCGGGAUUUUGAAUCUGGAUGGUCUCAAUAAGCGAACAGCCGACGUCCGUUCGGUCGGCUACUCCGAACUCUUUUCUUUAUCUCGCGAAGAUGUUUUAGCUGCGAUGAAAGACUAUCCAGAAGCGCAAGAAAUCCUUCAAGCUCUUGGACGCAAAAGGCUGAUGGAAGUUAAAGCCUCGGCGAGGAAUCCUCCACAUAAGGAGCAUCAUCAUCAUCAUCAUCAUGGAAUCCCCCACGUGCCUGACCCCAAAGGUCUCGUCGACAAAAUUAAAAACGAAGCUAAGGAACUACGAAAAGCGCUGAAGAAAUCGAGAACUCAUCGAAAAUCGGAUGAAUCGCUUGAACUACAACCCUUGCAUACACCAAAUAACAACAAAGGCACGUUGAAGAGGAUGUCGAGAGUUAAGUCACAUGAUUUGAGUCAGGAGGAGAACGACAAGAAGGAAGUGAGUGUUGAAGCGGUCACUUCUCCACUAGGGGCCGGAUUGCCCCUCCUUCACAGACUCAGAUUACUGAAAGAGAAACAAGAGAAUGAAGAACGUUCAAAAAGCGCCACACCUCCGAUCCUGUCUCCUUCGUCUUCCAGUGUUAAGAGUCCUCCACCAAUCCUCGAGGAUACCAACGAGCCCAUAGGAGCUGGCCUCCCAUUACUGCAACGAAUUCUCAUGCUUAAAGGAAAAGAAGGAACAAUUAAAGAAGAAAAACCAAAAUUGUCCAGAACCAGUUCCAUCACCAGCAACCCCACCAGCCCCCCACCUCAAACCUCGGUCUCCAGAGGCUCAUUCUCCUCGAAAAUACCAAGCAACAAAUUGUCAUUCCGGGAGCGUCUCAAGUUCCAUUCGAGUGCCCCAAAAGACGCCAAAGAACCGUCCAUUAGUGCAAGUGAUAGUGUUAGUGAACUGGACAAAAGUGAGCCCCCUUGGAGUAAGCUGAAAAAGGCGGCGAUUUCUCGCGACGCCUCCGAUCCCUCCACUAGUGCGCCCCCCGCCGAUUCAGUGCAACCCCCAAACCCCAAACCCAAACUUGUCCUCACUGGAAGAACAAAACACUACAGGUCGAUUGACGACCUGUCUCCCGAAUACGGCGGCUUGCCCUUCGUGAAAAAACUGAAGAUUUUAAACGAGAGACAAAAGCUCGAAGAACUGGAAACUGUGAUGAAAACGCGUAGUUUUAGUUUAGAUAUCCCCGAUUCGAGUCAAAUGGAAGUGGACACAUUGACGCGGUCGCAGUCCGAGGGCUCCACCAUGCACCACGACAAGAAUCUCCUCUCCACGCCCCUCAGUGAGCUCCACUCGAGUAACGAAUCGAACGAAACCCCCGAACGAAGAAAUCUUCGCUCGAUUCUGAAGAAAUUGUCCGAAGAAACGGAAGCGCAAGUCGCGACAAUGCCGAAGAAGAUCGACUCGACGGAGUUUAGGAAGUUGAUGAGGGCCCCCACGAUUGAGGGCUAUGCGGCGCGACAUAGCAAACUCUCCAAAAGUGUCACUUUUAAUCGAGACACCCUGCAGAGCCCCCCUAACAGUGCUGUGGUGAUCGGGUCGUCAAAUCUUUUUACUUUUGUCAAUUCGGCGACAUCGGAAAAGAAUGAAAGUACAAUGGAUCAUAAAAAUGGCGUUCAGAUUGUUAAUAAACCCAAUAAUCAAGUCAAAUUAAUCAGCGAUGAACAACACUAUUUCGCUGAUAUUCUCUUAGCAAUCAAGCAAGUCAUGAGUGCACAUCUUCAGGAACUGCAAGAGAAGUUUUACCAAAGGUUCGAGCGGUUGGAAGAGGAAGUUAGAAGCAAAGACGAGAUUAUAAACCAACUUAAAGCACACAUUUGGGAAUUGGAGAAAAGUGCAGAAGAAUCGAUUGGAGAUUCCUUCGAGACGGUCAUUAGCAGAGAGCACCAAUCGUGGGAAGAGCCAACCAACGAGGAAACCGAAGAGUUGCAAGACUUGCCCCAACACCCCCUGACCCCCAUGCACAGCUGGCGACCCACCCCCCAAACCACCGUCUUGGACAUCGACUCGACCACCGACACCGAAGGAGACUCAUCGGGAGAAUACGAGAAUUUCAGCAACAAUUGGGAAAUCGAAAUGUUGGCGGCCCAAAUGCGCGAAAAACGAUCAGCGAGUUUGGACUAUAACACAGCCAAGCCUUUGCGAAAAAGAUUCACAAGAGGAGGAAGUGCGGAUACGAGAAAUGACUGA